UUCGCUUUUCAUGAUGGUUUUGCGUGUUUGUGAAGAAUAAUAUCGCCUAAAAUAUCGCAUAAUAUUGCAUAAAUAAACGUUGCGUAUAUUUAAUUUUUGGUUGGCUUACAAAACACUCCUAAAAAUGAACACGGAAGAAUACUCGAAAAGUGAUUAAUUCAAUUUGUAAAGCAAGCAAUCAAGAAUUGCUGUUGUAGAAUCACUGUCUUAUCUAACGUAUUGUCGAAUGUUGUCGCUCAAGGCCAUUGUAAAAGGAUGUCGAAAAGUCCACCAAGCCUUAUGGACGGGGUCCCGGUGAAGAUUUCAGAGAGUUUUAAGCCACCUCCUAAAAUUAGCCUUCCGCAAAGUGUGACCAAUCGAUUAGUUCAGUUUGAAAAUGGUGCUAAUAGUGUGAGAUAUUCUCAUACUUAUGACUUUACGCUGGAAGAAACGGUAUUAAAACGGAUUACCGAAUGGCGUGCUGUGAAAGAAAAGGAUCGGUAUGAACGACAAGAGCGACUUAGGCUCAAAGAACAGGAACGGAUACGUUUUAUUGAAGAAGAACAAAAGCGUAAGUUGAAUCAGAUAUCGUAUCCAAAUACAGAUGACUUAUCGAGUGCAAGCGAAGAAGAUGAACAAUCGGAGGAGAACGACGACUCAAAUCCGUCAGGAUCAUCCGAAGAACAUGUUCAAUCGACUGUGGCCGGUCAACAUAGUCAGAUGAAUUUCGAUUCUAUUCUGAUUCCUACGGUACUCCCAGAUACGUCAGUAAAAAAUACAAAUGACAAAAUGAUUGACCUUAGUUCGCUCAUUAGUUAUAACAUUCCAAAGAAAACCAAUCUUUUCAAUAACAAUAAUAAUAACAGUAGCAGUGGAUAUAAUAAAAUUAACUAUUCGGAUUUUGAAAACGAUACGUCAAGUCCUUUUGAUAACAUGGAGUUGAAAACAAUAAAUGAUUUGGAUAUAUUGGCACAGGUACUAAACUUAAACGUUUCCAAUUCUUGUUCAGAAAUGAAAACAGAAGAAGCUAGUAAAAAUGAAACUGAAUCCAUGGACCUAGAGGUACAUGUUCCUGAACGGAAACCGAGAGCGGCAGAACAACCACAGUUAAAUUAUGACCAACAAGCACAGUAUCAACAUGCAGCUUAUCCCACGCCAGUGACGCAGCAACCAACAUCCACAUCAAAUGAUUACUACAGCGCUUUCAAUAGUUACCAUUACAAUUACGGACAAUAUGUCCCAGUUUCAGCUGUUCCAUCCGUUUGCUACGCACCUGCAACAGCAAAUCCUGCAUUGCUCAAUCAGUAUCAAACACUUUCCAAUACUUCCUAUCAGUCAGGGUCACAGACGCAAUAUCAACCUUAUAGUCAAAGCAGUAGAUCCCCUGCAACAUAUACUUACUACCCUUAUACCAGUUCAUUAGCAAGCUCCGUGUCGCAAUCUACGUACGCUCCUUCGUAUUCUUCGUAUCAUAACAGUUACGGUCAACAGGUCUCAUCUACCGGAAGCUAUAGAUAUUCCGUGCAAGCAAAGGCCGGUACAAUGGUGCAAGACGCACCAUCAGCCUACGGUACUAGUAAUAUUGCUAGCGAGUUAUCAACAACGGACGCUUCAACUUUGUCAACAGCUAUGAAUAGAUCAAAAUCCAAAAGCGUACCAGAUAUUGUUCGGCAGUUAGAUGAAGAGGUGAAGGAUUCCGCCCAGAGAAGAACUAGAAACAACAGUCAAUCCAUUGUAGACGAACAAGACAAUGGAAGGAAAGUGCAAAAUACAGCGGCAUCGACGGAACAAGAUUUCACAAUUUACAACCAACUGUCGUUAGCGGAUCAAAACCUAGUCAAAAGUAUAGGUUCAAUGGGUUUCCCGUUGGAACGUGUUGCGGCUGUACUGAAGCGAAUAGGGAGCGAUGAUAAAAAGAUCGUUGAACAUCUGAUACCGUUAAGUGAAUUACUGGAUCUGGGUUUCGAGGAGGAAAAAAUAUCAGAAGCAUUACUCAAGUUUGGAAACAACAAACAUAAAGCGCUAGAUUAUUUAAUAUUGUAGUAUCAGCUCAUCCUUGUACUUCGCAUGCAAUUUGAACACGCAUAACACAUGUCCGAUAUUUACCUUGCCGAAAAAUUUAAAAUAAUUAAAAAUAUUUAAAUUAUAAAAUGCUUGGCUUUGCUUUGUUGAUGCCUUAGUCGCAAAUGAAAUCCAUAAAAAUAUCUCGAAAUUCAUGCGGCCGGCAAAGGCUGUGGUAUGUCAUUACUAGUUUCAUUAUGUAUUAUAGGCUGCAAAUAAUUUCCUGUCGCAAUGACGGUUGA